ACCACAUGACUAAAUUAUUUGACAAACUUGCACAAUCCAGCAGUAUAUACUGGGACUUCCAUUUUUUUUUGAACGAGAAAUACUGGGCUUUCUUUUUUGUACGGGCCACCCCGACACAUAUUGGGCUGUCUUUUUUGUACAUCCUAGUCCAUAGCAGCCUGUGAAGCACCGUUUCCUCCCUGUCCCGGAUCUUCGAUUCCCCAGCGGUAUAAAUCCAAGACCCUCUCUGCGAGAACCCUAAUAGAUCGAUCGGUCCUCCGGCGCCGAAGCAAGAUGUCUGACAAGCGCCGGCGGCAGAACCAGCGCGCCGGCGGCGGUCAUAAGAGGCGGCGGCCUCACAAGCACCUCUACCUUGUGCUGGAUGACUGGGAGAAGGGGUUCAGCAUCCACAAGAUCGACGCCGACAGAUUCCACUCCGACUCCGACUCCGACUCCGACUCCGACUACCAGCACCUCCCCGAGCCUCCGGCCCUGCGGUUAGAGCCUCCGGUCAGCGGCGAGCCCUAUUGUGACGUGUCCUUCGCCACUCUGGGCACCAAGAUCUUCGCCUUCAUGAACCAGCGCUGCGGCCUCGCCUACGACGCCGAGACGGGCGUGCUGUCCAUGGGCGCCCACGCCCCCGCUCAGAUGGUCUGCGGCUACGGCAUCUCCAUCGCCGUCGGCGACGUGCUCUACGUGCUGACGUACCGCUACGACUUCGACAGGCAGCACCCGCACUCGUUCGAGGCCAUGUCGUCGGCGCCCACCGCCCCGGAAGAGAGGCAGCAUCCGACCGAGGGCUGGACCUGGAAGACGCUGCCACCGCCGGCGUUCCACAGCUGCGUCCACUCCUACGCGCUGCACCCGGACGGACGCACCAUCUUCAUGACCUCGUCGUAUGACACGGAUAAAAUGGGCACCUACUCAUUCGACACCAAGGAUUCUACCUGGAGAUUCCAUGGGAAUUGGGUCUUGCCGUUCAGCGGCCAGGGUCACUUCGACGCCGAGCUCGACGCAUGGGUUGGCCUUGACCAGUAUGGCUACAUCUGUUCCUGCCCAGUUAUCUCCCCCAGUUUUCAGUGCACAGCUCCAUGCUUCUAUCCGGAUUGCAAGAUGACCGAGGAGAAGAUAUUCGCCAAGAGGCACAUGAGAGCCACUCUCACCUACAUGGGCGCAACCAAGUUCUGCCUCGUCGACUGCGUGAAUAACAGAUCCCGUGAUGCCUAUGAGAUCCGUCUCACCAUGUUUGGCCUCAAGUACAGUUACAAGGGAGAGCUACAGAUCACAGAUCACCGGUCCACGUGCUCAUUCAUGGUGUCUAGGCACACAUAUCACUUUGUUCCUCUUGCAUUCUGGAUGUAGAAGCUGCAUGCUUUGCUCUGUUGCAACACGCUAUGCCCAGGUCCUGACUCAUAUCCUUGCUUUGCUGGACUGCCACUGGUUCAUCUCCUGCGCUGUCCUGCUAGAAGAAACAGAAACCAAUAAAUAAACACUGCAGUUUUGUUUUCUGAA